GUACAUGAAUAAUCUCAUUGUAUACCGUGGCUCUACUUUCUUAGUUAGAACAAAAAUCAGUCAUAAUGAAAUAAGUGUUGCUGAUGACUGCUGCUGCAGGAGUUAUCUUUAUUAUAACCUUGACGACCAUUGCGCAACUAAUAAGACAGCACCAUUCGUGGAUAACCCAACCGCAAUUCACCUGCUUAACCGUAUCCAAAGCAGAAGUGAUGACUUUGAUGACACCACCGACUCUGAUUCUGGCUCUGCUAAUUACUACACCUCAAAAAUGGAGGACGGUAUGGCAAUCGUGCAAACACAUUGCACGUUAGGCCCGUUGAGAGUAGCCGCAGCUCCCAACAUACCCAUGGUUCUUUCAACAUUUUCGAUCACCUCAACUUUGGCGAUUGCAUAUCUCGGAGCAGAUGGAAGUACCAAGAAACAAAUGCAUAACUUACUUGCAGAAGGCUUUACUGACAACGAAUUUCACCAGUAUGUUUCACAAAAUUUGAAAAAAGUUGCCGCAGAAGGAUACAUUAACCGCUGCAAAUCGCUUAUUCUAUGACA